UUGAAGGAGGACGGAGGGGCCAGCCGUGAAAGCGAACAGAUGUGAACGGGACUGGGAAAAGAGAAGAAGCUGCAGCAAACACGGAGACUCUCUGAGCCUGCUAACAUGUGGCAACCCGCGACCGAGCGACUCCAGCACUUUCAGACCAUGCUGAAGACUAAGCUCAACGUGCUGACGCUUAGGAAGGAGCCGCUGCCCACAGUGAUCUUUCAUGAGCCUGAGGCCAUCGAGCUGUGCUCCACCACGCCACUAACAAAGAACAGAGCUCACGCCGGAUACAAGGUGACUUACCUGGGCAAAGUGACAAUUUCUGGAACCCAGUUCCUGUCAGGUUGCACGGAGUCGGCGGUGGUGGGCCUGGUUGAACGUCGUGCCCUCGCUCAACAGCAAGGCACCUGCCCUGGAGGCAGCUCUCUGCUGGAGAUCCGGCCAUUCCAGGUGCGUCUGCACCACCUGGACGAGCACGGCGAGGCCUCAGUAACCAUGGACACCUAUCAGGUGGCACGAAUCGCCUACUGCACAGCCGACCACAGCAUCAGACCCAACGUCUUCGCCUGGAUCUACAGGGAAAUCAAUGACGACCUGUCCUUCCAGAUGGACUGCCACGCAGUGGAGUGUGAGAGCAAGCUGGAGGCCAAGAAGCUCGCACACUCCAUGAUGGAGGCUUUCCGCAAGACUUUCCACAGUAUGCGCAGCGACGGCCGCAUCCACAAGAGUGGCUCUUCAGACGACUUUGCUGAGGACUCGUCCACCCCUGAAGACUCAACGCCAGAUGACGGUUGAUCUGAUACUGACCCCAUCCAAUCAGAUUCAGGGGUGACUGGAAGGAUGGACCCAUGACCUUCUCUCUCUCUCUCUUUCUCUCUCGCUCGUUCGAUCACUUUUCUGUUACCAAUUCAGAACAAAAUGAACUGACCCAGUGAUCCAUCAGGCCCAGGAUAAUGACGUAGCUGUUCAAUAAUCUGAAGAUAGAUGAACGAAGGAGUUCCUUAAGAUUUACAUUUACAUACAGGGAUAGCAAAGUGCUGCCACCUACUAUUAAAGGCCCCUAACAACCCACAGGGGGCCCCGCAAGCACCUAUGUAAUGCCCCAAGAGAUUGACUCAACCUUUCUAUUUCCAACCACUGUCAAACAGACUCACUGUUUGUGGUUUUUUUUUCAUCCGGGAAACAACAAACGGUCAAUCGUGUUCCUCUCAUGACUACUUGUUGCCGCCCUGUGAGGACGGGCCUGUGACCUGUUUGGGUCCUAAUGCAGAGUUUAUGAGACUGUUGGAGCACAUAAAUUCUUUAAAUGUUUAAUUUCAUCAAUCAUUGUUAAAAUGCCUUCGACCUCGGUAAAAGCGAACGAGGAUGUGAAAGAAAAGCUAAGUCUUUAAGCAUUAUCAGGUCAAAACUACGGUUCUGAGUCCAACCCUUAAAUGAUCUGCCAUCAUGGCUCGUUCUCAUGUGGACCAUGGAGCCAGAGCUUCUGUUACUGACCCCGUUUAUACCUGGCAUUAACAUCCGUUUUAGGCAUUGGUGGCAACCUGAUAUGAAAGCUCAAUUUCUUAUUUAAACAUCAGCCUUAACAUCAUUUCUGUGGCUUUGAGGGCCCCCAUGGUUUACUUAGGUACAUGCUGUGUGAAGGGGGAGCCAAUUAGCCAUGAGCUAAGAGGCUAGCAGUGUCUCUUUAACAGCUUUUCUCCCUCAUGUCAUAAACAUGCUUUUGAAGGGCACCUUGCUAUACUAUUUUGCGAAGAAUUCUGGGAUAACUGGGUACUAGAUAGGUCUGCAUGUGAAAGGCAAGGACAGAAUGUUUUAUAAACUUUGAUGAUAUCAUCUUUCUAAAGGCAUAGAAGGAUGGCAUUAUAAAAGUCAGUGGUACAGAAUGUAGAUGAAGCUUGGGAUGUUGGCAUCUUUUUCCCUCCUUUUUUGCCAAAUUGUAGGCUUUAGUUGGCAACUUUUGGAAAAGGAUAAAAUGUUUUGAUAUUAACUUUGAUGACAUCAUCUUUCUUAGGCAUAUAAAAGGCUUUUAAGGAUGACAUCAAAGGCAGUGGACGGAAUGUCAGUGAAGCUGGGGGAUGUUAGAAGCUUUUUCCCUCCUUUUUUGCCAAAUUGUGGGCUUCAUUUGCCAACUUUUGGAAAAGGAUAAAAUGUUUUAUUAUUAACUAUGAUGACAUCAUCUUUCUUAGGCAUAUAAAAAGCCUUUAAAGAUUUUUGCUGAACAGUAGGCCAUAGUUGGCCACUUCUGGAAAUGAUAGAAAGGGUUUUUUGUUUGUUUUGUUUUGUUUUUUAAAAAUCUGAUGACAUCACCUUUUUGAAGUGUAUCAAAAGAUGACAUCAAAGGCAGUGGAUGGAAUGUUGGUGAAGCUGGGAUGUUGGCUGCUUUAUUCUUUCCUUUUUGCCAAACAAUAGGCCAUAGUGGGCAACUUUUGGUUGAUAGAAAGCAAUUUUAAACUUAGAUGACAUCACCUUUUUGAAGCCUAUUAAAGGAUGACAUCUUCAAAGGAAGUGGAAGAAAUGUUGGUGAAGCUGGAGAUGUUGGUGGCUUUUCCCCCUUAAUUUUUGCCAUUUUGUAGGCUUUAGUUUGCAACUUUUAGAACUUUUUCCAAAAGUUGCCAACAUAAGACAGUUAACAUGAGCAGUAAGGUGUAGUUUACCAAAGAGCCAGUUCUAAGAACUGCGUCUUUUUUUUGUGAAUGAUAGGAGCCAGCUCCUGUUUAAGAGCCACUGUACUUUGUUUCCCUUUCGCCGUGAAAUAGUCAUAAAAAGGCCAGAAUUGUACCAAAUGAAGAGCCAGUUUGGGGCCGUAACACUGGCUCUAAUUACUAAGCUGAGACAUAUCACUGGAAUCGUUAAUUAGUCUGAGCAUAUAUACAGACGUUAAGGAGCCACAUUCUUUUAACAGGCUGGUAGUCUUCAUUUAUAAUAAAUUUUUAAAACAUAACAUAAAAACAUAACUUUAAAAUUUUUAAUUUAAUUUAAACUAAAAUCCCAUUUUACAGUUUUUUAAAUACCCAAUGUUGAAAUUCUUUGAAGAAACAAAAGAGAAGAUCAAUGAAAAGCCACCUUUUCAAUCAUUUAUUUUAUUUAAUGUACUACAUCGGUGUUAAACUUUGACUGUUGUUGGAUUAACUGGUGACACUUCAUUGUACAUUCUACUAUACUGCUUACGCCUUCAUCGUAAAAAAGGUAAGCCUUCAGAGACAUUAACACAACUAUGACAGACUGCAGAGUCUCAAAUAAUUUAGAAUAUUUAGGAUAGAAAAGAAAAUACUGGUAGCAUGGAUCAGUGUUUCCCAAAGUGGGCAUCAGGACCCCUGAAUCCCUCUGAAGAGGGACUUGCAAAAACAAAACAAAACAAAACAAAAAAAAACAGAGAAAUUCAAAAUGAUUUAAAGUGGUGUAUCUCAUCCAUGAUCUUAAAAAAUACUCUUCAAAUUAGUUCAAUUUUAAAUAAAACCGUAUUAUUAAGUGAGAAUGUGCUUUAAUGUAAGUGACGUGUACAAAAAGUCCCUAAAAUCAAAACUUAGCGACUACAGUAUGCACUGAUGUGUGUCCAUGUGUACGUAAGGGUGACUACCUGGUAACCAAAUGCCCAAAACGGAUGUCAACGCAAGGUAUAGAUGGGGUCAAGUGUCUCUGUCUCAUAGGUACUUAAAGAUUCAGACGAUGUGUAGAGUACCGUCAAAGAUUUAACGUCUGGAAAAGUUCUCACCAGGCUAAAGCCUGGACGUCUCUCCAGGUUCUCCAGAACCAGCCACGUCUGACUUCAGCUGUUUAGUAAACCAAAUUCAGGCUGGAUUGUGCCUGUGGGAUAAUGUGCCUCACUUUUCCUCUCACAUUGGUUUGGUCUCUUACCCAGGUCUCAGCGUAUGCGUGGCGUUGUGUGCGUGCCUACCUGUUUGUUAUUUGUUUCUGUGUGUAGGUGUAAAGGCUUUCUCCUGUACUUAGUGUUAAUGAAUGUACAUGUGAGUAAGUAUGAAAAAGGAUUAUGGGGGGGUUGUGAUUAACUGGAGGUAAAGCCUUGUCUUGCCCAUGAAAGGAUCCGUUUUUCUAUGCUAGAAGAGGUGUUUUAAAAAUCAGACAUGGUACUGUGACCAUUUGAUCUGGUGUGAAACAAAGUCAUGAGAGUCUGAAGGUGACGGCGUCUGAAGAUGUUUGUCCAUGAUAUCACAUCAGGUGUUCGGGAGCAGAGUGCACCAGCUGGGCGUUCAUAAAGUUGGCAUUUAGGCCCCUUCAUCCUCUAUUUUCAAAACACAUCCCAGUACUGAUGGAGCUGCUGUAUUCAUUUCAUCAUUAGAGUUUGGUAGGUUCUCUCAAAGCUUAUACAUACAGACCAAACUUAGCAAUACCACUGGUAAACAUGGGGGGCAUCACAAAACACUUGUGGAGGUCUGUGAAAGACACGACCUGUCGUUGAAUCCUUUUGUUAAAUGCAAAUCCAGAUGUGCAUGAGUAUGUGGGCAGUGAAAGUUGUAUAGUAUUAAAACCCCAGGAACUAUUUUUGUACUUAAAGAAAGAAGUAAUGACUCUUAGCCUCAGUCUCACUUCUCAGUUUUACCCCUAACCCACUUGAAGUCUUCUCCUAUGACAUGGGACGACCAUUCAAGUUCCUGAUACGUCAACGACAGCAUUUAUAGAAACAGACGAGACAACCAAACCAGACAUUUCUACAACAAGGGUUUUUUAAAAAUGCUUGGAACCAUAAUGCAUUAUUUUAAAAUCUUGCAGAUGUUUCUGAAGGCAUUCUAGGAGAUUUCCCAUAAUACUCAGUUUGGUGUGUGCCUCUAGAUAAUCUCUGUUUGAGAUUUCCCAGUAAGUCGACAUCCUACAAGUCAGUGUUCUCUUUUUUUUUUUAUUACAGCCAAAGCUUUUUUUUUUUUUUUUUUUUUUUUGAAAUGAAAAGAAAGCCGAAACCAAGAAACAAUCUGUUUUCCUUAUUACUGUUGGAAAUAGAGAAACAAAACGUUAAAAAAAAAAAACACGCUCUUGGCUCUUUCAGGCAGUUCAUAAUAAAAUGAUAAUCAAAAAUGUUUUCUUUGUUUCCAUGAAGAUUUGAAUAAAUCAAAAACUAUUUGUUUUUCAUCAUAUUGCUUUUAUGCUCAGCUAAGAAAAACAAAUCAAGAAAGAGAUCAAAGAACAGAGCACUGGUGAUGUCACACUCUUUUAUUCAAAGCAGCGGCUUUGAAGUUACACGUAAAGAAGCUAAAAUAAGGUUACAUCACCAGUGCUCUGUUCUUUGAUCUUUCUUUUUUUUUUUUUUUUUUUUGAAUCAAAACACAAAAUCGACAUGAUGAAAACAUAACAGUCUUUGCUCCCCUAAUCAUAAACAGUUAUAACACUCAAUAGUGCUGAUCCACUUUCUCAGUGAUUCUGGUUCUGGAAGUAAAAUCGCCAUUCAAAUCUUCGUAAAAAACUUAUUACAAUGCUUUCAAUGCAUGAACCAAGCUAACCAGCUCCCUGAGUGCUCAUGACUAUUUAACACUGGAUUGGGUGAAAAACAAAGCAUUUCGAAAAUAGUACAACACUGCAAACAUACGGUAUUUCUUUACAAAGAGUACGGAACUACAUAUCCCACAAUCCAUUGCAAUUCAUUCUAUUUGUUGUUUACGGUAGCUUCUCAAGCUUUCAAACCAUGUAUGUACCGCUUUUCAGCACUUAUCUUCAUUUUAGUAAAUAUGUAUGAAGUUAUAAUGUAUGAUGCCAAAGUUUGAGUAUUUAUUGCUUCUUGCUGCGGGGGCAUUCUUUGUCGUCAUCAACAGUCGACAGUAGGGUUGUAACGAUAUCAAAAUGUCACGGUGCGAUAACACCUCAGUAACAAUCCAUGGUACAGUAUUUACAUUGACAGCCUUCGUUCAUGGACUCAAACAUUUCCAUGGUAAUCAGAGACCCCACCAAUCAGAGAUAUCACAGUAACACUCAAGCAUUGUGGGUAUUGUAGUAGUUUUGGCCAAGAUUGCAAAUAAGCUAUAUCUUUCUUUAAACAAGUUCGAUAUCUUGCAAACUUUUGUCUUCUACAGUAGCAUAUACCAUCGUUUCACCUUCAGGUAGUUCCUGGUCAGUCUAGCUUGGAUGAUCCUGAUUAUAAAGGCUAAUAAUCAAAUCCACUAUAGAGAAAAUGAAUGGGGUUUUCACUUUCUGAAUCUAUUGGGAAACAGCUUGUCUCAUGAUUUUUGACUCUGACUUCUAUCCCUAGAUGUGAACACACACUUCAAAGGGAUAGUGGGAGGGGCUUAGGGUGAUUUGGCCUUAUGCCUAAAUGCAUAGGUUGCUCCUAUGUGAUUGGCUGAUUAGAUAUUCGUUGAACAGUUGUCCCUAAUGCUGGUGAUCAAUCUUCUAAAUGUGACAAAAAUAAAGCUAAAUAUCCAAAAAUGGAUUUGUGGGAUGGGCAGGAGUUGUGUUUAGAUUGAGCCUAAAUCCUUAAAUGUCUGGUUUAGCCAUGACUGACUUCUCAGCUGUAAUUUACACUGAAUCUAACUGGGAACGGUUGUAGCCCAAGCAUGGCAUAGACAGCUCCAUGAUCCUGGGAGGAUUCAUCUUGUUUAUUCAAACAGCUCAUCUGAUAAAAAGGAGCCUUUUGAUUGGCUCACUGUCCGAUUUAUUGUUAUAACAUUAAACCCAGCUGACCAGCUACUGCACUCGGCUCCUGAUGAUGGUACGAUGAAUCCAACAUGAUGUGAGCACCUGAACCAUCACCUUCCAGUCUCCAGCGAUCUCUUCAUGCUGUCAGGGACAGUCGCUCUGUUCUGCUGCUCACGUCGCUUAUCUCUGAUUGUCUCCAUUGUGAGGGACAGUCUCAUCGAAGCUCCACAGGUCCUUCAUUUCUAACUGGAUUUUGUUGAAGAGACUGGAUGUUACCAGAGGAAGGAGCCAUCACUCAGUACGUUUACAUGACCAGUAAAGUCGAGAGACAAUUACAACUCCAUGAGGACAUUUAACUGGACUACUGUCUUUGUUCCAGUAAACAUGACCAGUAAAGUUGAGCUAUGGUUCCAGCUUUAUUAGGACCUUUAAGUGGAUAAGAUAAGACAUCCCUUUAUUAGUCCCACAAGGGGGAAUUCCAUUUUACAGCAGCAUAAAGUAUUGUGGACAAAGCACGCCAUUGGCGACAAUAACACAAUAGAAAUGGAGGACAAAUAAGUAGUGUUACAAGAGCAUUAAUAAAUACAAAAAUGUGUAAUAUAAAACUUCAACUUAUAAAUUAUAAAUAGUAUUUACAAACUGUUAUGUACAGGUAGGAUGUAUUACAGAUUGGGUGUGGUGGAGAUGUCUUUGACCAGUAAAGUUGAGCCAUGGUUCCAGCUUCAUUAGGGCCUUUUACUGGACUACUGUCUUUGUCCCAGUAUAGGUGACCAGUAAAGUUGAGCCAUGGUUCCAGCUUCAUUAGGGCCUUUUACUGGACUACUGUCUUUGUCCCAGUAUAGGUGACCAGUAAAGUUGAGCCAUGGUUCCAGCUUCAUUAGGGCCUUUUACUGGAGUACUGUCUUUGUCCCAGUAUAGGUGACCAGUAAAGUUGAGCCAUGGUUCCAGCUUCAUUAGGGCCUUUUACUGGAGUACUGUCUUUGUCCCAGUAUAGGUGACCAGUAAAGUUGAGCCAUGGUUCCAGCUUCAUUAGGACUAUGCUUUACUUUUAGUACCAGUGAGAUGCCAAACCCCAGAAGACUGGUUCCCAACCUGGGGUCUGAGACCCCCAUGGAGGGGCACAGGGAUUUGCCUGCUCUGUGGUUGUCAAAAUUAGAUUUGCACAUAUAAAGUGAAAUCAUGAUAAACACUUAUUUCAUACUUCAUUUAAGGGUUUUGGGAUGAUCUUAAAUCAUGAAGAAAUAAUAAACAAUUAGCCAAAGCUUACAAACUCUAGAAUCACAUAUAUGUGACCAAUGAAAAAAAAAGAAACAUCAGGGUGAAAAAAUACAGUUAUAAGCACAAACAGCUCAAAGUUUGCAAACUGUUUUUUUAUAAUCUCGAUAGCAUCGUAAACUGGACAGAGAUCAGACUCAUUGCAGUCAGGAAGGGAGGGUGUAACAGAGACAGAUUAAGUCUUGUCAUUUAAAUUGUAAGAGCCAAUGUUGUCUUGCUCUUUUAGUGUUUUCACCUCUCCACUAGAAGAUUACCUUUCGUGAAAAAAGAAUGAGUGAAACCCUGUAAUACUUUCUUUGCAGAUGACGCCACACAGCAGCAGAGAACUUCCCUUUGGGGGCAACUAAUGAUUUCUGCGUAGAGAAAUGCUACCAAAAAGCCAUGUUUUAAGCUGUUCACGACUAUGCCAAGUAUUCAAAGUAGAGAAUUAACUAAAAUAUCUUAAGCUACUUUUGUGUCUCAAAGGUAGUGAAUUAUAAAUGAGAGAAUAGUUUUUAAAAAUUAGUCAGAAAAUUGUAAUGAAAAAGAAUCAAGAUCGUGAUCUGGCCAUAUAAAAUGAAGCGGGUUCAGGCUGUGCUUCAUUUUAGUUUUUUCAACUUGAGCUAAUGAUUCACACCUGACAUGCAUUUUAAUCAUGUGAUCACAUGACACCCACUCCUAAUUCACAGGUCUAUUUUAGCUGCAGGAUUUCCGGUCUCCUCUGCUCUGCACUUGCCAACUCUUCCCUGAGUCAGUACUGCGCUCUCACUUUUAACCCUCCUCCACCCCAGCAACCUCCUGUAGGCUCCCACGGGGGUUUAAGAUGUCAUGUCAUCACUCCUCAAAUUCUGCAGGUAAAAUAUUCCUGAGGAGAGAUUUAAGUCAAAGCUGGACACCUGACAUGUUAUGUUACAAUGAUAAAUGCUUGAACAAUGUUAGUUUACGGACUGAAAUUAUUUUUUUUUCUAUAUCUCCCACCCCGAAUUUAAAGGUCUUUUAGUAAUAAAAGAAAGGGAGAAUGCUUUGCAAACUAAAAGGUGAAACAGGAGUUUUUUUUCCAGUCCCACUAAACUAUUCUUACUCUUUCACAGUUCCAGGUCAGAAUUUUAAAACAUUUCCCACUCAUCCAUUCUAAGUAAAGAGGUUGGGAACUAUUUCAAGGCAGACCUCAACACUAAGCAUUUAUCCAAAGCCGGAUGUUUAGACUGAGCAUGCUCCAUACAUCUAUUGUAGUUUGGGUCUGAAUGAACUGCAUACACGUAAGGGUAAAUGGAGCUCUAACCAUAUUAUACAGAUGUGUGACAUGUUAACAUGUAUUUCAGAGUCCAGCUGUAGUCACACUGACACAAUAACUCGACUUUCUCUGACUGCAUGUAAACGUACUGACUGAUUCAAUCUGAGUGAUCCGGUUCUGGCUCUAGACAACACUCAAACAUACAUAGAAAUAUACAUAUGAACAUACACAUCAUAUUGAUUUUUGCUGAAUAAGCUUCUGUAAAUACAAAUGUAUCACUCUCCAAAUAUUACAGCAUAACUGUGGAUAGCUAUCUGAAAUAAUUAGAAACCUUGGUACGGUACAGAAACAGUGUUAUAACGAUAACUGUGAAAUCGAAGUGCAGAGCCUGACAGAGGUGGUGUGUGCGUGUGCAUGUGUGAAGUGUUUGUAUGUGGGAGGCAUGAUGAGGCGUGUGUAUGGACAGGCCUGAGGGGGGCGGGGCUGUAGAUUACUGUGUCAUGUCUGUCUGAGCUCAGACGCGCUUUAAAUGUUCCACAGAUGUUACCUUAAGUGUUUUCUAUACAGUGUUUGCAAAGAUCAACAAACGAUUGCAUAUAAAGUAUUUACCAAGAGCUGCGUGUCAUCGUGGAGUCUGUCUGUCUUUGACGGUUUCUUCAUUUUAUUCUUAUUUAUUCAAUCAUAUCCUAAUCAUAUUCUAUUUUUAUUUUUUAUUUAGCCUUUAUUUAACCAUGAAAAAAACCUUGUUGUAAUUAAACAUUUCUUUUUAGAUUGUCCCGGCCAAGACGGGCAGCAGCACAGUUUAAAAAGUUACAAAGAGCAGUUAUACACAGCAGACAGUUCUAGAUCACACACGGACAAAAUAGUUGGUGCCCUGUUGAAGAGAGAAGACCCCACAGUGGUCACUGAAAUAACUGGACAAAAUAAAUGGCACCCUUAACUUAAUAUUUUGUUGCAGGUGUUUUGGCCCACUCCUUGGGAGCAGACUGCUCCAGGUGCCUCAGGUUUGAAGGGUGCCUGCUAUUUGGCAAAAAUGAAGAGUUACAGACCUCAACAUUCCUUGUGCCACCAACAUUCUGUCGUCUCUCUUUGGAGAUGACAUCCUUUAAAGCUUAUAGCACAUUCCAUCCUUUAAGAAUGAUGCCCUCCUUUAAAGUUUUAGGAUGUUCCAACUUUGCCUUUUGAAGGGUGUCAUUCUGUGAAUCCCAUGAAAUAUUCCUUCCUUGUCUUUGAAGAUGCUGUCAUCCUUUAAAGCUUAUAUAAAAUUCCAU